UUUUGCAAUCAAUAUAAAACCUAAGUGCGGCUCUCUCUCGCACGCCCUUUCUUCUUCUUUCGCUCGCACGGCGCCGUCGCGAUCGAUCUCCAAGUUUCAGUUUCGGUUCCCCCACGCACGAGGUGAUUACUGCGCCUGCUUGUUGGAGCAGGCGACAGCUAAAGGUUUUUGGCAAUCAUGGCGACCUUUGCUAAGCCGGAGAACGCUCUGAAGCGUGCCGAGGAACUGAUCAAUGUUGGGCAAAAGCAAGCUGCCUUGCAAGCACUUCAUGAUCUUAUUACUUCAAAGAGAUACAGGGCUUGGCAGAAAACCCUUGAAAAGAUCAUGUUCAAAUAUGUUGAACUCUGUGUGGAUAUGCGGAGAGGCAGAUUUGCAAAGGAUGGGCUUAUCCAAUACCGCAUUGUUUGCCAACAAGUGAAUGUUAGUUCAUUGGAGGAGGUUAUAAAACACUUCAUGCAGCUCUCGUCUGAGAGGGCUGAGCAAGCACGAAACCAGGCACAAGCACUAGAAGAUGCCUUGGAUGUAGAGGAUCUGGAAGCAGAUAAGAGGCCUGAAGAUUUAAUGCUGAGUUAUGUCAGUGGAGAGAAGGGAAAGGAAAGGUCUGACAGGGAGGUUGUUACCCCAUGGUUCAAGUUUCUGUGGGAAACCUAUAGAACUGUGCUUGAGAUUUUGCGGAACAAUUCUAAGUUGGAAGCUCUAUAUGCGAUGACUGCACAUCGGGCCUUCCAGUUCUGCAAGCAAUACAAAAGAACCACUGAAUUUCGUCGGCUAUGUGAGAUAAUUAGAAACCAUCUUGCCAAUCUAAACAAAUACCGAGAUCAAAGGGAUAGGCCAGAUUUGAGCGCUCCUGAAAGUCUUCAUCUUUACUUGGAUACAAGAGUAGAACAACUUAAGAUGGCAACUGAGCUUGGACUAUGGCAGGAAGCCUUCCGGUCAGUGGAGGAUAUCCAUGGUUUAAUGAGCAUGGUAAAGAAAAGCCCUAAGCCAUCUACGAUGGUUAUCUAUUAUUCUAAGCUGACAGAGAUAUUUUGGAUGUCAAACAGUCAUCUUUACCAUGCAUACGCAUGGCUCAAACUUUUCACUCUACAGAAAAGUUACAAUAAGAAUUUAUCACAAAAAGAUUUGCAGUUUAUUGCUUCAUCUGUCCUGUUAGCUGCUCUUGCAGUGACUCCAUAUGACCAUUCAUAUGGUUCAUCUCAUUUGGAACUUGAAAAUGAAAAAGAACGGAAUUUACGGAUGACCAGCCUCAUAAGUUUUAUUGUGGAUCCUAAGCGAGAGGGUAGAGAAGUGCUAUCACGUGCAUCACUUCUCUCAGAAUUGGUCUCCAAAGGUGUGAUGAGCUGUGUCUCACAAGAAGUUAAGGACCUGUACCAUCUUUUAGAAAAUGAAUUCUUCCCAUUGGAUCUUGCAUCAAAGGUUCAGCCUUUGCUUGCCAAGAUAUCCAAGGUGGGAGGCAAACUUAUUUCAGCCUCUUCCCUUCCUGAUGUGCAUCUUUCGCAGUAUGUUCCUGCCUUAGAGAAGCUUUGCACAUUGAGAGUGCUCCAGCAGGUUUCUCAAGUGUAUCAAUCAAUGAAAAUUGAGAAGCUUUCAAUGAUGAUUCCAUUUUUUGAUUUCUCAGUUAUGGAGAAGAUUUCUGUUGAUGCUGUGAAAUAUAAUUUUAUUGCCAUGAGAAUUGAUCAUCUAAAGGGUACAGUUCAUUUUGGUACUAUGGACAUUGAGUCUGAUAGUCUAAGUAGUCACUUGGCAAUUCUUGCCGAUUCUCUCAAUAAAGCAAGGGGUCUUAUUUAUCCAUCAGUGAGAAAGCAAUCCAAGCUGGGGGAUAGCUGGCUUGGCUUAGCUGAUAUUGUUGAUAAGGAACACAAGAGACUCCUUGCCCGGAAGUCCAUUAUAGAGAAGCGUAAGGAAGAACAUGAGCGCCAGAUGCUUGAAAUGGAACGCGAGGAAGAAUCAAAAAGAUUGAAACUGCAGAAAAUAACUGAGGAGGCAGAACAGAAGCGACUUGCCUCUGAAUAUACCCGAAGGGAAGAGCAGAGAAUCCGCCGUGAAAUAGAGGAGAGGGAACUCCAAGAAGCUCAAGCAUUACUUUUAGAAACUGAGAAACGAACGAAAAAGAAAGGAAAGAGGCCUGUGCUUGAGGGGGAAAAGGUUACUAAGCAGGUUCUGAUUGAGAUGGCAUUAAGUGAGCAAAUUAAGGAACGACAAGAGAUGGAGAAGAAGCUGCAUAAAUUAAGAAAAACUGUGGAUCAUUUUGAACAUGCUAAGAUGGAUGAACAAGCACCACUUGUUGAUCAGGCAUACCAACAACGUCUUCAGGAUGAAAGGAUUCUCCAUGAAAGCGAGCAGCUGAAAGAGAUUGAGCUGAGCAGACAGCACCAUGCGGGUGAUCUUCUAGAGAAAAAUAGACUGAGCAGGAUGCUGCCCAAUAAGGUUAUUUUCCAGAGUAAGAUCGUCGGUCACAGGGAAGCGGAAUAUAGCAGAUUAAAGAAUGAAAGAGAAGAGCGCAUUAACCAGCAUGUCACAAUGAGGAAGCGAGACAGGGAAAUCAAGCGAAAGCUGCUUUUCUAUCUGAAAUCUGAGGAAGAGAGGCUAACCAAACUGCAGGAAGAGGAGGAAGCCAGGAAGCGUGAAGAGGCAGAAAGGAAGAAAAGAGAGGAGGCAGAGAGGAAAGCUAAACUUGAUGAAAUUGCUGAGAGGCAGCGGCAAAGAGAGAGGGAGAUUGAAGAGAAGAAAGAGAGGGAGAGAAAAGAAGCUCUUCUUGUGAGAUCUUCUGAACCUGUCGCAAGACUGGCUGACCCUGUUCCUGCAUCCCGUCCGGUGGAGCCUGUGGUUGCCUCAGCUGCUGCCGUGACCAAUGCACCAGCUCCCGGCAAAUAUGUGCCGAAGUUUCGCCGCUCUGAGCCACCUGCUGCACCACCAUCUGAAAGUAGCAAUGAUCGUUGGAGUAGGUCAGAUGAUAGGCCACCCCAAGCCAACGAUCGAUGGCGAAAUGAUGAUCGCCGGUCACUUGGCGGAGGUGGUGGUUCAAGGCUGUCAUCAUCAUCGUCCACCUGGUCUUCUUCCCGGAAUCGUGGGUAAAACUUGUUGCAGCUUCGAUCCUCAGUGCCCUUGAGAUCGAACCUACUGGUUAUUUGGGGGAAAAAAAGGCUUGCUCUGCAUUUUGAAAACCUGAAAGCUGCAUUUUGAUUUCGAUAUUGUUAUUCGUGAAGUUUGAAGGGUGUUUUUCUGUGACAGCCCUUCAAUUUUAGAUAUAAAUCCUGUAUGGAUUACUAUUUAUGAGUUACAUUGCAGCGGACUUUUGGUAGUUGUAUCUCUGUUUACUUCUGGUGUUCUUAUCUAAGCAUGAAGUAUGAACAUGUUGCCCUUGGCUUUUAAAUGUUGAAUUGAACCUUUGUUCAACUAUUUAUUAUU